CCUCCCUCAAGCUACUCUCUCCCUCCCAUUCCUCUACAUCCCCUAAUCGUACUCCAUUUUACACGCCAUGGCAGAUUCGAAGCCCAAAUCAUCCUCGAUCCCUCAAUGGCAGCAGCCUAACAAUGCCUCCAACAAUGACACCACCUCCACCUCGUCGCCGACCUCCGAUGAGACCUCCCGAUCAGCGCUCAUUGAGCAAGCAGCCAAGUUCCUCGAGGAUGACUCCAUCCGUGACGCUCCCACCGAUCGCAAAGUGACCUUCUUGCAGUCCAAGGGUCUCCGAGAGGACGAGAUCAAUACCCUCCUAGCCAUAUCACCCACCCCCGAACCGAGCGAUACCCCCGAGGAAGAGAAGACUACUUCCGCAGAGACCACUGCUUCCACCAGCACCGAUUCAGAACCCCCAACAAGCAAUGCCGCAGCUUCUUCGUCCCAAUCUACUCCUUCUCCUCAAUCUAGCACAUCUGCGCCACCUCCAGCACCCACAAGCAAAACCAACAACACCCGCGACAUUCCCCCCAUAAUCACCUACCCCGAAUUCCUCUCCACCCGCACCAAACCACCCCCACUUGUUACCCUCCGCAGCAUCCUCUACACCCUCUAUGGUGCCGCGGGUCUUGGCGCAACAUUCUACGGCGCGAGCGAAUAUCUCGUGAAGCCCAUGCUAGCGAACCUCACAACCGCCCGGGAGGAGCUAGCCGAAACCGCGUCAACGAACCUCAAGAAGCUUAACGAGAAGCUGGAGCAAAACGUUUCUGUCAUUCCAGCCAGUCUCGACACAUCCCAGAAGCCCGAGAAAGACAGCGACUCUGACAGCGAGUCCAUCACCUCUGACCCAACGGAGCUCUUCCACCGCGACGUCGCCACACAGACAGCAUCCUCCGACUUCGCCCCAACCUACUCCACCUCCACAGCCAAAGAUGCAACAGCCCCAGCAGAACCUGUUGCAACAGUAAACACUCACAUCAGACGCCUAGAGGUGAUCAAUUCCCACCUCCGCGAAUUCUCCGACACGGAGAAAGAAUCCAGCACCCUGGAUAACACGAUGCGCACACGCCUCAAUGAAUUGCACCAUUACCUGGACGGCUUGAUCUACAGCAAGCCCGGAUUCAGCCCGCUUUCUGGGUACGGGAUGUACAGCACUCCCGGGAUGGAUUCGGGCAAUGGUAUGGCAACAGGAGUGGGGAAGGGCGAGGAGGAUGCAAUCGCGAGCUUCCGGGCAGAGAUAAGAGGCGUGAAGGGUGCAUUACUGAGCGCUAGGAAUUUCCCCACUGGUCGUGGAGGAAGGGUCGGAGGCGUAGCGGGGAGGUAAAGACAGACCUCCAAGACGAUUUACAUAUACCUCGACAGUCUGUACUCUGUACCCGUGUCACCCUUUCAUGAAGUUUAGUACCAGUAUAGAAUGACCUUAAU